UAAUUUUGGUUUACUACAAGUCCAACGCACAUUUUGGAACAGAGAGAAAACUUAAAACCGCUGGCCAAACUGGUAACUUCCGGUUUUUGCAAAGCAAAACACACUCCAACAAACAUAACAUUCAGAUUCAGAUGCCCGGCAGCCGAUAACAACUAGGUCAAAAUGACGUACCAACUGUAUAGAAAUACAACACUAGGCAGUACACUUCAAGAAAGUCUGGACGAACUCAUUCAGUAUGGUCAAAUCACUCCACAAUUAGCAAUGAAGGUCCUUUUGCAGUUUGAUAAAUCUGUGAACAGUGCUCUUGCUGGUCGAGUACGAUCACGGUUGUCUUUUAAGGCAGGAAAACUGAACACUUACAGAUUUUGUGAUAAUGUUUGGACUUUUAUGCUAAACGAUGUAGAAUUUCGUGAAGUGCAGGAAAUAGCGAAAGUGUCUAAAGUAAAAGUUGUGGCUUGUGAUGGGAAAGCUGUAGUGGAAGAAGCCUCAAGGCGUUAAAAAUGUUGCUGGCAUAGAUUU